AUGCUUGCAAGUACUGCACUGGCUGGCAUGAUGUUUGGUGCGAUGAUCUUUGGUUCCCUAGCGGACAAGAUUGGUCGUAAGAAAACGGAAGCGCGUCGCAUCGUACGUCGCCUGGAACCAAACCUGAAAGUCACCGAGAACACGACUUUUACUUUGCCGCAGGAAAAUGUGCCUGAAGCCGCUAACGUGGUGAGCUUGUUCCGUCGUGGUCGUGCGGUGAAUACCUUACUGUUCUGGGUCGCGUUCUUCACCUGUCUGUUAACCAUGUAUGCGCUGAGCAGCUGGUUACCGAAGUUGAUGAUGGCAGCAGGUUACUCGAUGGACAACAGUCUGAUGUUCAUGAUGGUCAUGAAUGUGGGUGCGGUUGUGGGUAUUGUCGGUGGCGGUAUUCUUGCGGAUCGUUUCCACCUGAAACCGGUACUGAUGUUCCUCGGUAUGAUGGGUGCGAUUGUGAUGAGCUCAAUGGGCUUUGCAUCUAACCAAUUCUUACUUUACAUCCUGGUGUUCCUGGCCGGUGCAGCGUCAAUUGGUUCACAAAUG